AUGCGUCAGUCGACCGGGGCUUUGGUAGCGGUGGACGAAAAGGGCGUGGCUUUCGAGCUCGCGGGCGAUCUGAGUCCUAAUGAGAUAUGCGUCCACGAGGAUUGCCUUCUCUGGUCCCCCGAGGUGCAUUUCACCAAGGGGCGAUUCGUGAACGUGCAGAAGGAGCUGCGCCGAUCGGGGGGCUCACUUCCCCACCACCCUCCUCCCCACACAUCAUCCCCCUUUCGCUCGUUUCCGAUCCCUUGUUCUCCGCGUCUCCCCUUGCGCAGGUCCCCCGAGGUGCAUUUCACCAAGGGUCGUUUUAUGAACGUGCAGAAGGAGCUGCGGCGGUCGGGAGGGCUCUAUUGCACCGUGUGCGGCGGGCGCGGCGCGGCGCUGGGUUGCCGCGUCCCCGCGUGCCGCCACACGUACCACGUGCCGUGCGCGCGACGCACUCCUGGCUGCCACUUCGAUGACGACGCAUACGUGCUCUCCUGCCCGCAACACCCGCCCGUGGGCGCCAAACCGAAAAAGCUCAAGCGCAAGCAGCCAUCCCCCCCGGCGGCGCCGGCGCAUGCGGACGAUUCGGAGGACGAGGAGGAUGCAGGGAACGCGCAGGACGCGCUGCGGGGGAAGGAGGACGCCCGCGCGCCCCCCGUUGCGGGGAAGAACCAGAGGCGUGCGCGGACUGGCGCAGGGGGGAAGGGCGCGGGGGCAGGGGGGAGAAAGACUUCCGCGCAAGGAGCGGCUACAGUGGCGCCCGAGGUUCCUGUAACGAAAGAUGUGACUAUAAAGGGCGCUGUCAAGGACGUCGCUAUGAAGGAUGUGACUACGAAGGGGGUAGCGGCCGUGAAAAGCAAAGAAGAGGAUGCGGCACGAGCGGGGAAAGCAUCAGCUCCUAUAGCCAAGGUUCCUGUGACAAAGAAUGUGACUAUGAAGGGCGUGACUCUGAAGGAUGAAGCUGCAGGGGGCAAGAAGAUUGAAGAGAGCAUGGCACGUGUGGGCAAGGAGUGCAGAUCGGUGGAGCGAGGUAAGUUCCCCGUCGAUAGGGAGUUUGAAGGGAUCACUGCAAAGAAGGACAAGGGCAAGGGAGUGGAGGAGGGGGACAGCGAGCAGGAGACAGAGAGGGGCGUGAGCUUUGCAGCAGCAAACGCACUGGCUCCUUGUAGUAGCAGCAAGAAAGGGCAACCCUGUCCUAAUGAUUCAUCCCCCAAGCCUUCCGGUAGCGUCGCUUCUGUUUCUCUUGCUGAUGAUGCUUCGGCAAAGCUGAUGGCACAGGCUCGGGUGACUAAAGCGGAUAGCGGUGCAGUCUUUAAGGUGCCUCAACCGGUGGUUAAGGUGCCUCAGGCUGGUGCCUCAGUGGCCCAUGCGGUAGUUAAACCGCCUUUGGAUCGGCUGGCUAAGGGUGAGGGGAAGGAGGGUGAGAAGGAAAGGAAGGGAGAGGGAGAUAAGGGAGAUGAGGGAGAGGGAAGCAAGGAGGUGGAGGGAGAAGGUUCUCUUCUUAGACGGAAUGAAGGAGCACCGACAACGCAAGAGAGAGGAAAGGAGAAGGAAAAGAAGCAAGAUAUGGGUGCUGGUGUUGCUGGUGCUGCUGCCGCUGCUGCUGCUGCUGCUGCUGCUGCUGCUGCUGCUGCUGCUGCUGCUGCUGCUGCUGCUGCUGCUGCUGCUGCAGCGGCUGCUGCUGAAGUGGCUGUGACAAUGGGAGCAAGGAAAUCAGCCUCAGUGGCAGCAGAUGGCGCCUCUUGCUCCAGGAACAGCGGCAAGCCUCCCAGUAGCUUCCCGAUCAACCCCCCUCCCGUUAUUUAUUCCUUUUUCUCUGGUUCUCUGCUUCUCCCGUCUGCAGCCAGUGGGUUCUGUGCGGCCCUUGAUUCAGCGUCCAAGGCCCGCCUAGUCAAAUUCGCUGACGCAAUGGGCGCACAGCUGACGUCAGACUGGAGUCCACGUGUCACCCACUUAUUGGUCGGCACAGAUUCCGAGGGGAAGGCACGGAGGACGCUCAAGAUGGUGAUGGCUAUCCUGCACGGGCAGUGGGUGCUUAGCAGCAAGUGGUUGCCAUCCUCCCCCACCGCCGCUUCCCUGGCCUCCCUGCCUGCUGAGGGACCAUUUGAGGUGCUCUGUGACUCGCACGACGAGUCUGGUGGGGCUACACGCGGCCGGCUGCACUAUGCGCCCAUGGCCAAGGGUCAAUUCCUCGCUGCCUCCCCUCUUCACCAAUAUCGCAGCCAGUGGCAGCUUUCUCACUCUCUUCUCCCCUCCAUCUUCUCCCCUCCAUUUUCUCCCCUCCAUCUUCUCCCCUCCAUCUUCUCCCCUCCUCUCUUCUCCCCUCCAUCUUCUCCCCUCCAUCUUCUCCCCUCCAUCUUCUCCCCUCCAUCUUCUCCCCUCCAUCUUCUCCCCUCCAUCUUCUCCCCUCCAUCUUCUCGAACGCGGCACUCAGCCCUUCUCUCCUCCCCUUCGCUCCUCUUCCUUUCUCUCUCCUUCCGUCCCCGCUUCUCCCCUUCCAUGUCUCCCAUUCAGCCCAUGGCCAAGGGUCAUCCCUCGCCGCCCCCCCUCUUCGCCAGCAUCACAGCGCCCAUCGGUAAAGGCCAUCCCUUGCCGCCUCCCCUCUUCGCCAGCAUCACAGCGGUCUUUCUUGAGGGUGGCUUCCUCAGCCCUUCCUUUGCUGACGUGGCAAGCAUCCUCCAGUGCGGUGGCGGCACCGUCAUUCCAAGCAGCGCCUUACAGUCCCCCACAGCCAAGACCCUUCUUGCUGCCUUCUCCAACCCCUCCAACACAACAAACAGCACCACCAUUGCCGCCGAAAAAAGGAGAGGAGAGGAAGGGGAGACGAAAAUACUCUUGGUGGUGUAUGCAGAUGUGCCUGCAAACACACCCAGUGGCUCGGGUAAGAUGCGGCGGGAACUGGCGCUGGUGGAGAAGCGGAGGGAAGCUGCUGGGCAAGUGGGGAAGGAGAUGCGGCGGGAACUGGCGCUGGUGGAGAAGCGGAGGGAAGCUGCUGGGCAACUGGGGAAGGAGGUGGGGGCUCGUGCCUGUGUGACGCACAACUGGAUCAUAGACUCGGCUGCUGCGUUUGAGCUGAAACCAUUCUGA